AAUGCAACACUGGCUGUUCUUUAGACAGACACGUCAUAACCGCUACGCAUGACAAACAAUUUUUGACAUAAAUCAAACCGUUCUCCUCGUCUGCCUAUAAAAAAAGUGAAAAUACGAAUUAUUUUCACAUAUGUAUUUAUUAUAAUUAAAACAAAUGUGCGUGCAUUAACUUUUAUAGGAAAAACAAUUAAAUCAAGCUAUACACCAAUAAUAUAUAUAAUAAGUAAAUUAAUACCAACCACCAACGUAUUGUAGCCAAAAUAAAAUGGGUGGUGUAUUAAGUUACUUUCGCGGUCUGCUCGGCUCACGCGAAAUGCGCAUACUGAUAUUGGGGCUGGAUGGCGCUGGCAAAACGACUAUACUUUAUCGACUGCAAGUUGGUGAAGUGGUCACAACAAUACCGACUAUCGGUUUCAAUGUCGAACAGGUUACAUACAAGAAUUUAAAAUUCCAGGUAUGGGAUUUGGGUGGUCAGACAAGUAUAAGGCCGUAUUGGCGUUGUUAUUAUAGUAACACAGAUGCUAUAAUCUAUGUAGUGGAUUCUGCAGAUCGAGAUCGGAUAGGCAUAUCUAAAGAUGAACUGCUGUACAUGUUGCGAGAAGAAGAACUUGCCGGCGCCAUACUUGUUGUGCUCGCCAACAAACAGGAUAUGGAAGGUUGUAUGACCGUGGCGGAAGUACAUCAUGCGCUCGGUUUGGAAAAUUUAAAAAAUCGAACUUUCCAAAUAUUCAAAACAUCGGCGACCAAAGGUGAAGGCUUAGAUCAAGCGAUGGAUUGGCUUUCCAAUACAUUGCAAAGUCGUAAAUAGUGCAACUAGAAAUAUAGAAAAAAACUCCUUGUCCCAUACCAACUUUACCCAAAAAAAAAGUUCUUUAAACUAUUUUAUUUGUUCUUAAUUUUAAGUAAUUACUAUAUGCAUUUUGUAUACAUACAUAUAAAACAAACACGUAAAUGAAAUCAAGUAAAUUGUUGGUAGGCAGCACAUAAGGCAAUUGCAAGUGUAUAUUAAUAAGAAAACGUAUUGAUAGAAAAGAAACACUACUAUGAUGUGACUUCACAACGGCGCUCCCUAACGAUAUGAACGAUUAACAACAUUAAUCUAUAAUAAUACGGGCUUUCAAAAAUCAAAAAAAAAAGUAAUUUCUGAAGCAAACUUUUACUAAAGUUUUGAAAGUCACACAGUUGUAUUAGUUGACUUUGCCAAAAACAAAUUUAAAAUCAAAAUUAAGAGCCCGUAUCCUUUAGUCGUGUUAAUAAAAAGUACCAAUAUCACGUAAUUAGUUUCCAAUUUGAAUUAACAUUAAACAUGAUAAAAGUAGGGUAGCGCCGCGCUUUUCACUACCAACGCGCAUUGUAGGUUUUUUAGUUUUUAGUCAACGAUUGGCGCGGUAUCUUUGUAAAAAAAAAACCAUAUAGCAUUAAUAAACAAGAUAAAAAUAAGUUAUGGUAUUAUCUGUAAAACA